CGGAAGUGAUGUCCUUUUGUUUUGAAAGAGGGAAAUUUAAAUCUCGACGGCGUUACUCGGAAAUAAACACAAAAUCUCCCAAGAAGACACGAAAAUGAGCAAAAUCUGACAUUCUUCACCUACGAAUGUAAAGUUCCCUUCACAAAAUGAAGAAGAAAGGGGGGACGUUGCUGGCUAGAGACAAAGAGGAGUGUUGUGCUCUCUGCAGAUGCAGUGACAACGACCCGGCCAUGUUUGGAGAAAAAGUUGUGCUGAAAGAGCACAACCUCUGUGUUCACUACUUCUGUCUGCUGACGUCUUGUGGAGUUUACCAGCGAGGGGAGGACAACGAGGGCAUCUUCGGGUUCCUGGUGGAAGACAUCAAACAGGAAGUCCGCCGCACAGCUCGACUGACGUGCUGCUGCUGUAAGAAGAAGGGCGCGUGUGUCGGCUGUAACGUCAGGAGCUGCAGGAAAAUGAUCCACUUCCCCUGCGGCAGGAAUAAGAAGUUCAUCUCACAGUUUGCCAGUAACUUCCCGACGUACUGUCCCGACCACAGUCCCACUCAGUCUGUGUGUGUGGCCUCAGACCUCAGUCUGCCUCAGUCCUGCUCCGUCUGUCUGGACACCAUCGAGCCCGUCCUCUCCUACUCCAUCCUCAAGUGUCCAUCCUGCCACGCCAGCUGGUUCCACCGAGACUGUGUGCAGCGUCAGGCCCACAGCGCCGGCCUCUUCUUCUUCAGAUGCACUUUGUGUAACAACAAAGAGAACUUCCAGGAAGAGAUGACCCGGAUGGGAAUCUACAUCCCAGAGAGAGAUGCAUCAUGGGAGUUAGAGGCGAAUGCAUUUUCAGAGCUGCUGGAGGUUUACAGUCGCUGCGACGCUCUCACAUGCCUCUGCAAAGAUGGACGCACACACUCCACCAAGACCGGGUUGUUUGAGGUGAUUCGCUGCCGGCUGUGUGGAUCAGGGGGGACUCACAGGAAGUGUUCAGGGCUGAAGUUGGACACCAAAGACUGGGCCUGCAGCGACUGCACUCAGGCCACGGACGGGAAAGCUUCCCUCGUCUCGUCUCCUCAGGGAGGUCAGAGGAGGAGUCUGCUGUCCAAACGACGCACAUCCUCCAUCAACUCCUCCAUCAGCCGUAAGAGGCCAUCUCUACCUGUUGGAAGUGGAUCACCUGAGGACCUCCGGCGGGCGUUGGCCCCUCAGCUCAGUCCUGUCACCGUCCAGGUGGAGGUGGGCGGGGAUCAGGCUCUGUCUGCAGGUAUGGAGCUGGUGAGGAGGGCUGACUUUGACCCCACAAACACUCUGUCCGUCAGGUUUAAAGACGAGCAGCUGACUACACUUCCCAGCAGCCUCCAGGACAGCAACACAGCCAGGCAGUAUUUCCUGAAGCUGCUGGUGCAGCAGAUCCAGGACUCAGAGGUGUUUGAGGGUCCUGAGGGUUCCAAAAACCUGGCACUGGACUCUCAGGCUCUGCGUGACGACCUCUACUUUGACAUUGGCUGCCUGCUCGCCCUCUCUCUCAUUCACGGCGGUCCUCCAGUUGGAUUCUUCUCUCGUGCUCUCUACCAAUGUCUGUUCAACUACCCCCCCAACUGCCCGCUCACCGUCAUGCACAUGACCCCCGACACACACUUUACCCGCCAAGUCAUCCGGAUGGCGGAGGCGGAGUCUUUAGACGAGCUGAAAGAGGUGAUGGCGGAGAGCUGGGAGUAUCUGGAGCUGGCCGGCUGCAACCGACCAAUCAGCAGCCUGGAGCAGAGAGAGGCUCUGGUGGAGAAUCUGGUCAGCUUCACUAUGAUCACCAGGAUGCAGCUUCCACUGCAGAGGUUUCGGGAAGGCCUGCAGACUUUGGGCGUCUUUGAUCAGGUGCAGCUCUUCCCGUCUGUGUUUUGUGGCGUUUUCUGUGGAGUGGCGGUUCAGCUGACGGCUCAGACGCUCGCUCAGCUGUUCACUGUUAACUUCUCCCCCCAGGAGGAGAAACAGAACAUGGAGACGCCCGUCAUCUCCUUCUGGAGACACUUCCUGCUCGAGUGUGAAGUUGGGAGGAGCUCUGUCUCCCUGCAGGACCUCCUUCGUUUCUGCACAGGAGAAGAGGAGCUCCCAGCAGCCGGCUUCCUCCCUUCUCCCUCCAUCUCCUUCCUCCACGCCAUCAUCUCUUCCCCACCAGGAGCUGAGGACAACAAGACCCUUAAAGAGGGAGGAGACCGAGUAAAGGAGACCAUCAAAGCAGGGAGGGAGGUGUGGAGGGACGAUGGGCUCUUCCCUCAGAGCGAGCCUGACUCCAAACACCUCCUCCUGCCCGUCGCCUCGUCCUACCAGGCCUUCAAGAGCUCCAUGGAGCAGGGGGUCAGCCACCGCGUGCACCUCCUCCCCAUGGAGACUUAGAGAAGGAGGAGGAGUCAGAGAAUAUGCCAAAAGUACUUUAUUAUGCAUG